AUGAGCCUUCUUGUUGGCGAUCCACGGGCUCUCCUCAGGCUUACAACGUUUUCUUCAAAGUUUACCAGAUCCAAACAAGUCCAGCUCGUUCGAUCUCCAACGGACAGCACGAAGGCUGGCAUGAGAUUCAAGCAUGCCAUCCGGACAAACUGCCCAAAUGCUGGCUGUCUUUGCGAGAAGCCAGCAAGGGACGAGCUGAACGUCGCCGCCGCCACAAAUACCCCAUCGACGGUUGAGAUAAGGCUCCACGAGGAAUGGUACGGUCGAGAGGAGCGAUAUGUUGCUCGGCGCGGUCUUCCGGCUGGCGAGCUCCUCAGGCAGAACAUAUACCUGCCUGUCCGCACUCGCAUCCCGACCACGGUCUUUGUAUCGGCUUCGAGCCAAACCUCGCAACCUAUCGACUGCGCUGUCACAGCACGGGAAGACUACCGGCCAGGGCAUAGCCGACACCUGGUAGACCGGAUGUGA